AUGCUGGUCGCCAAUUUCGAGAUCUGCCGGUACCUGGUGGGGCAAGGCGCCGACGAGGCGAGCAUCAACCCCGGAAACUUUGGCGGAACGGUGGAUUGCGGGCCAUUCCGGACGUCGUUCGUCCGUGCCGAACAUUCUUCGUCCAUGCCGACCGGCGACGGUCAGAACGUCUAUCUGGGCAAUCCGGGCGGCCUGGUGCUCGCCUUCGACGAUGCGCCGAGCGUCUAUCACAUGGGCGACACGGACAUCUUCUCCGACAUGGCAUUGAUCGACGAGUUCCACCGCCCACAGGUGGGGCUUGUGCCGAUCGGCGACCGGUUCACCAUGGGCGCCUCGGCCGCCGCGCUCGCCUGCCGGCGCUACUUCAACUUCACGACGGUCAUUCCGUGCCAUUACGGCACGUUUCCCCUUCUCGACCAGACCGCGGACGCGUUUCUCGAAGCGAUGGAGGGCGAUGCCGAAACGGUGACCGUGACCUCAGGCCCCCGGCGCCCCGUUGCGCCGCCGACCGCGCGCCGUUAUAGCGGGGCCAGCACUUUCGAUUUCCCGGAGCCAUCGAUGUCCGUCGAUACCGCCACCGUCAAACGUGUCGCCAAGCUCGCGCGCAUCCGCGUCAGCGACGAUGAAGCUGCCCAUCUGGAAGGCGAGCUGAACGCCAUUUUGGGCUUUGUCGAGCAAUUGUCCCAGGUCGACAUCGAAGGCGUCGAGCCGAUGACAUCGGUGACCGAAAUGGCGAUGAAGAAGCGCCAGGACGCCGUCACCGACGGCGGCAAGGCCGCCGACAUCACCGCCAACGCGCCCAAUUCGGAAGACAAUUUCUUCCUCGCGCGCGACCGGCUCGCCGCCAAGGAUUUCACCGCCCUCGAACUGACCGACGCCUAUCUGGCGGCGAUCGACGGCGCCAACGGUGCCCUGAACGCCUAUGUGGCGACGACCCCCGACCAGGCCCGCCGGAUGGCUUCCGCCUCCGACGAACGCCGCGCAAGCGGAACAGUCGGCGCGCUCGAGGGCAUCCCGCUCGGCGUCAAGGAUCUGUUCGCGACCGAUGGCGUCCACACCCAGGCCGGCAGUCACAUUCUGGACGGCUUCAAGCCGCGCUACGAAUCCACAGUCACCGCCAAUCUGUGGGCCGACGGCGCGGUCAUGCUCGGCAAGCUGAACAUGGACGAGUUCGCGAUGGGCUCGUCCAACGAGACGUCGUAUUACGGCCCCGUUGUCAAUCCGUGGCGCGCCAAGGGCUCGAACGUGGAUCUGGUGCCCGGCGGCUCGUCCGGCGGCUCGGCCGCCGCCGUCGCCGCCCAUCUUUGCGCCGGCGCCACCGCCACCGAUACGGGCGGCUCGAUCCGCCAGCCGGCCGCCUUCACCGGCACGGUCGGCAUCAAGCCGACCUAUGGCCGUUGUUCGCGCUGGGGCAUUGCCGCUUUCGCGUCCUCGCUCGACCAGGCGGGCCCGAUCGCCCGUGACGUGCGCGAUGCGGCGAUCCUGCUCAAGUCCAUGGCCAGCGUCGACGCAAAGGACACGACCAGCGUCGACCGCCCGGUUCCAGACUACGAGGCGGCGCUUGGCGGUUCGGUGAAAGGCAUGACGAUCGGGAUCCCGGCCGAAUACCGGAUGGACGGCAUGCCGCGCGAGAUCGAAACGCUCUGGCAGCAAGGCAUUGCGUGGCUCAAGGACGCUGGCGCCGAGAUCAAGCCGAUCUCGCUGCCGCACACCAAAUAUGCGCUGCCGGCCUAUUACAUCGUCGCGCCGGCGGAAGCCUCGUCCAAUCUGGCACGCUAUGACGGCGUCAAAUACGGCCUGCGCGUGCCCGGCAAGGACAUCGUCGAGAUGUACGAGAACACGCGCGCGGAGGGUUUUGGCGCAGAGGUCAAGCGCCGCGUGAUGAUCGGCACCUAUGUGCUGUCAGCGGGCUAUUACGACGCCUAUUACCUGCGCGCCCAGAAGGUCCGCACGCUGAUCAAGCGCGACUUCGAGACGGUCUUCGGCGACGGUGUCGACGCGAUCCUGACGCCGGCGACACCGUCGGCGGCCUUCGGCAUUGGCGAUCAGGACAUGGCCGCCGAUCCGGUGAAGAUGUAUCUCAACGACAUUUUCACGGUCACGGUGAACAUGGCCGGGCUUCCCGGCAUCGCCGUGCCGGCCGGGCUCGACGGGCAGGGGCUUCCACUUGGCCUCCAGCUGAUCGGCAAGCCGUUCGACGAGGAAACUCUGUUCCGCACCGCGCAUGUGAUCGAACAGGCUGAAGCAACGGCCGCCGUCGAUGCCGUUUUCGCAACCAUCGCGCAGGAGAUGGCCAGCGGCGACACCGUGCGGGUUCCCGGUUUCGGCAAUUUCGGCGUGGCGGACCGCGCUGCCCGCCAAGGGCGCAAUCCGGCGACCGGAGAGCCUUUGGCCAUCCCGGCCAGGCGGCUGCCGAAGUUCGGGCCGGCCAGGGCACGACACCUCCCUGACAUCCGCAAGGGUCCGGACAUGGAUUUCAGCAAGAUCGUUGGCCUGUUCGACCGUGAGUUCUUCGUCGGCUAUCUCAAUCCCGUUCUGAUAGUCGGGUUUCAGCUGUUCAUCAUCGGUCAGGUGUUCCAGACCGACCUUUUGUUCGGUCUGGUCGAUGGGCUGGACCAGUUGGUGACGGUUGCCGCGGUCGCGCUGAUCGCGGUUUCGCUGUCGGUCACGUUGAUGAUUGCCGGUCCGCUGUCCCUUCUGUUUGUUCAGGGAUAUGUUCUGGAAGGCGUGACCGACGGCAUGGCGCUCAUCGCGCGGCACCGUGACCACUAUCGCCUGCGGCUGAAGCCGGCGGUGGAGUUCCAGGAGCGCAUCGACAAAGCGCGCGCUACCGGCAAGAAGGAGCCCGCACCGACCGAUCCGGCAGGUCAUCAGGCGCGCAUGCGCGAGGCCGUGGAGAACUACCCCGAAAAUCCCGACAACUUCCUGCCUUUCAUGCUCGGCAACGUCUUGCGUGCAGGAGAGGUUCAUCCGCGCGUUGUCUACGGGCUCGAUGCGGUGGGAUCGUGGGAGCGCCUGCAACCGCUUUUGCCCGAGGCAAUGAGCGCCAUCGUCGCCGGCAGCCGGUCGCAGCUUAUGUUCUUCGUCAAUCUGUUCCUGCUCAGCCUGGUUUCGUUCGUCGCGCUCGUGUGGCUGUGCUUGCGCGCCGGUGACCUGGAGACCGGUUUCGUCGCGAUCGCCCUGGCGCUGUUUGGUCUCUGGGCGAUCCUGAGGCUGACCCGCCUUGCCGGUCGCUCUCACAUGCGGUCCGUGGCGGCCUGCUACGAUCUCUAUCGCUCCAAGCUCGCCGAUCAGUUGGGUCUUGCCAUGCCGUUGAACGCCAGUGAGGAACGGGCCAUGUGGAUCGACGUCUCCCGCGUCUUCCAAUACCGCUCUGCCAAGGCCUGGGAGCGCUUGGACGCCUAUCGAAAAUCGCCGGAGCCGGAAGAACCGGACAAUCAGGCCAAGCCCGCGCCGCGUGAUGCGGUAGGCGCCGCCAUUGAGCGAGCGGAUCGCCUUGCGGCGCUUGAGCUUGCGGAACAGUCCGACAUCGAGCCCGGGAUAGCGCCACCCCUCGCGGGUGAAGCAGUCCACAUGAACGAAACGCUUGUGAGCCUUGAUGGCCUGAAUGUGCCCGCCUUGCGCGAGCAGGUGGAGAAUGCGCUGUUCGGGCACUACCGGGUCUCGGUGGAACCGAACAUGAAAACUCCUGAUGGGCGGGCAUAUAAGCGGCGGCAUCGCGCCUGUAAAGGCGUGUUGAAGCUUCUCGGCUUCGAUAUCGUGCUUGAGCCGCUCGAACAGGUCGUGGUUGCGGCAAUAGCCGGGCGCCUCUUCGGCUCUGUCAUGGCCGGCCAGCCACUUCUCGCAGGCAUCGGGCUCGGCGCACGUCAUGCAGCGGUUGGCGGCGCGGCGCAGCACAUUGGCAUGAUCGGCCCGGCUCUGCAGCGCAUCGCGCGCAUCGACCGCGACUGGGAGAUCAUCAUCGGCAUGGAGGUGCACGCGCAGGUCACCUCGCAGUCCAAGCUUUUCUCGGGCGCCUCGACCUCGUUCGGUGCCGAGCCCAACGCCAACGUGUCGCUGGUCGACGCGGCGAUGCCGGGCAUGCUGCCGGUGAUCAACCAGGAAUGCGUCCGCCAGGCGGUUCGCACCGGUCUCGGCCUGAAGGCCGAGAUCAACAAGAAGUCGGUCUUCGACCGCAAGAACUAUUUCUACCCGGACCUGCCGCAGGGCUACCAGAUUUCCCAGUUCAAGCAGCCCAUCGUCGGCGAGGGCACCGUGCAGGUCGCCGUCGGCCCCGACAAGAAGGGCGAGUAUGAAGAGGUCGAGGUCGGCAUCGAACGGCUGCAUCUGGAGCAGGAUGCCGGCAAGUCGAUGCACGACCAGCAUCCGACCAUGUCCUAUGUCGACCUGAACCGCUCGGGCGUCGCGCUGAUGGAGAUUGUCUCCAAGCCCGACAUGCGCUCGGCGGACGAAGCCAAGGCCUAUCUGACCAAGCUGCGCCAGAUCCUGCGCUAUCUUGGCACCUGCGACGGCAACAUGGACGAGGGGUCGAUGCGCGCCGACGUCAACGUGUCCGUCCGCCGGCCGGGCGCCGACUUCGGCACGCGAUGCGAGAUCAAGAACGUCAACUCGAUCCGCUUCGUCGGUCAGGCGAUCGAGUACGAGGCCCGUCGCCAGAUCGCCAUCCUCGAGGAUGGCGGCUCGAUCGACCAGGAAACGCGCCUGUUCGAUCCGGGCAAGGGCGAGACGCGGUCGAUGCGCUCCAAGGAAGAAGCGCACGACUAUCGCUAUUUCCCGGACCCCGACCUGUUGCCGCUGGAGUUCGACGACGCCUUCAUCGAGGAACUGGCCGCCGACCUGCCCGAACUGCCCGACGACAAGCGGGCCCGUUUCAUGGCCGAGGGCCUGACCGCCUAUGACGCCUCGGUGCUGGUCUCCGAAAAGGCCGUUGCCGACUAUUUCGAGCAGGUCGUCGAGGGCCGUGAUGCCAAGACGGCGGCCAACUGGGUGAUCAACGACCUUCUGGGCGCCUUGAACAAGGCCGGUCAAACCAUUGACGAGACUCCCGUUUCGCCUGACCAGCUCGGGGCGAUCAUCGACCUGAUCAAGGAAGGCACGAUAUCGGGCAAGAUCGCCAAGGAACUGUUCGAGAUCGUCUGGUCGGAGGGUGGCGAUCCGGCUCGCGUCGUCGAGGAACGCGGCAUGAAGCAGGUCACCGACACCGGCGCCAUCGAGGCCGAGGUCGAUGCCGUCAUCGCUGCCAAUCCCGACAAGGUCGAGCAGGCCAGGGAAAAGCCGAACCUUGCGGGUUGGUUCGUCGGCCAGGUGAUGAAGGCGACCGGCAGAAGCUCGGGAUCAAUGAAUGACAUCGUCGUCCGGCCGGCCCUGCCGGCCGACAUCGAUGCGAUCAUCGCGCUGACCAAUGCCAGUUGGGCGCGGACCUACGAUCCGCUGAUCGGCGCCGACGCGCGCAAGGCGGCGUGCGAGGCCAAACAUGUCCUGACGCUUUUUGCGGCAGAAAUCGGCAGCGAUUCGGGUGUCUGCCUGGUGGCCGAGGCGCCCGAUGGCGCGCUUGUCGGUCACGCCGGCGGAACGCUGCGCGACGAUGGCACGCUCUACAUCGACCGUCUGCAUGUGGUCCCCGCCGCGCAGGGCACCGGCCUUGCCGCAAGGCUGCUGGACGCCGCGGCCCGCGCCCCCGGGGACUGCGUGACGGCCAUCGAACUGCAAGUGCUGAUCGGCAACGACCGGGCAUUGGCCUUCUAUCGCAGAUACGGGUUUGCCGAAGUCAGGCGGCGCGGCCCCGAACACGGGCUUGGCGGUGUCGGCGACAUCGUCAUGCGGCGCGUGUGGCCGUGA